AUGAUCGAUCUCCAACAUCGUUUCAUUCAGACCCCAAUGCACGCAGCUUUAGUCUCUUCAUGGACCCAGUGCAACACUUGAUUGCCAUCGCGUAUAUUACUGUCGAGGAUCAUCCCCAGUGGGGCGACGAGAGGAUUCAUAUAGACCUUGGGGCCCUGGAUGGAGGUGGUAUCCACCCCAAAGCCGCAGGACGGACAGUGUUUUUAUCGGAGCUGCCUGGAAUCGAGAACGACAUCGCUUUGUGGCGCUCCCUGGAGCUUGCUUGUGACUGUAUCAUAUGGGGGUUGCAGAUUUGGGACUGGUGAUACUCAACAACGUCCACUUGUCCUGGCUGAUGAUGUAAACCCAGCAUUUGACGAGGCAAUCGAUUUUUGUUUCCUCGGAAACGAUAGAUUGCUGAUUUUCAGCGAUAACACAAAGCUCUAUUCGAUUGAGGAUAUGUCCCAGGCAUCGCAAUUACUGGCGUGCUUCUUGUUGCCUGUCUCAGUGACGAGGAUACAUGGCAUGCAGUCGGUGGAUGGCGUUGCACAUGGCUCGCGGUCCCAGAUGCAAGCUCAACAAACGAUAUGGACCUCGGACCCUAACAAUCAAAUAUUAUCGGUUGUCACAUUCUCUCCGAGUCUCGUCUUCAUCAUUUCCACCAGAAUUUUCUUCACUCUCGAUUUCUUCGAAGGAAUGACAGCGGCAAUACCAUAGGAACACUGGGGCCCUUUAAAUGCUCGUCUGUUCCAGUCCCAAUAUGGCACAGCAAACCCCUGAUUGGACCAGGACAGGACGUUCGGAUUUUGGGCGUCCGACAGGGCAUGAAUUGAUAAUGACAGGAUUUAUUUCGUGUGUUCUUCCCAUUUUUCAAGUGAGUGCGGCUCACUGAUUUUCAUCUAGUAUCAUAGAUCGAAUCAGCUCGAGGUCAUUGAGAUUGCGCCAAGGGAACAGAGGUGACAAAGCCACAACAUCGUCGGACUAAUAGUACAGAUCACAGAUUGCUGUAUGAUGUGUGUGUGUAAAUAAUGUGAGUGGAAGGUGUUAUUGAAACUGGCCAUUGACCCUAGUCUC